AUGUCUAUAGCCAUCGAUGAAUACGAUGAGCCAUAUCCAAUUGGAAUUUAUAGAGGCAUUGAUUACUCAAUAUUAAACCCAGCAAAACAAUUACUAACCAACCGACCAACCAAAAGAUUGAGGAAAGAAUCUUACGCAGAAGAACCUAAUUCGAAAAACAAGCUUUCCCCUGGAGUCGUGGGCCCAAAAUAA